GAUGCUGGAGCGGGGCCGUGCCCGCUCUCCUGGCAGAGCAGAGCCCCGCCACUCCCUGGCUGGGCUGGGUAACUCGGAGCCACCUUGCCCUGCCCCUAUCGCAGGAGGAUCUGCAGAGCUGGACGGGUUCUGUGGAAUGGUUAACCCGAGGCAAUCUCACCCUGAGCCAAUCACAGCCGGCAGCAGCAAAUACCUGCCGGAUUAGAGCCACUGCUCCCCACAGCUCUGGCCCCGGGGAGCCUGGCCGGAGCCACUGCGUCUCCCCGAGCCCGUGCAGCCCUCGAGGACGCUGCCAUGGCACUCCUGGUGCCCCUGGUUCUGCUCUGCCUGGGGGGGGCCAUGUGCCCAGGGCGAGGGGCGCCGGUGCCCAGCCAGGAGGAGGUGCUGCAGAGCGUGUGGGCCCUGCUGGCGUCGGGAGAAGGCUCUCUGCCCCAUGCUGCCCUGGACUCCCUCUUAAGUAUCGUGGCGGCCCGUGUGCAGUGCCCAGCAGUGCCGUGUGAAAAGUGCAUCUCCGUGCCGGACGUCUUCACGCUUGUGGGCAAGGCAGGGGCAGGCGACGCCAACCUCACGGCUGCGGAGCUCCCGCAGCUGAGCGCCGGCAUGCUGCUCUACCUGACAGACCCCGCGGCCACCUGCGCUGCAGUGAGGGGCGGCCGGUGGGUGGCCGAGGCCGGGGCCUUCCUCACCAGCUUCUCCAGCGGGAAUCCCGCGGCCGGGCCCACGGCGGAGAAAGUGGCGGAGCUGCUGGGAGGCAUGCGGGAGAAUUACAGAGACGCAGACAGGCACCAGCCGUGCCUGGACGCGGGCCGUGUCGUGCAGGAGAGCGCCGCGGUCUCUGGCCGGGUGACGGCCGACGUGGCCGGGAAGAUGCUGGUGACGGUCAUGUACCACGCGCUGCUGGGGGACUGCUUCCAUGCCCUGCCGCCCCCCCAUUAUUUCCUGGGGUACAUCUUUCGUCACUACGGCAACGAGUCCCAGAACCUGACGCUGGCAGGCCUGACUGCACUGAUGGGCCGUCUGGCCUUGGGGCCAGAGGACGAGCACGCGGACCACCACCAUGACAAUGAAUCACACGCUGAUCACCACACGGAGCCCGCAUCAGCUCCCCACAACAGCCAGCGCCAUGGCGAUCACACAGACCCCGACGAUCACUUGGAUCCGCACCCCGGCGACACGCUCAGGAAGCUGAGACGGAGCCUCCCCGGGCAGAGGGCGCUGGAUGAUCCCGGUCUUGUCUGGGACACGAUAUGUCUGAGCCCCGGCGACCUCCUGGAGAUCUACAGCCUCGAGCCCGACGCAGGGAUCUCUGGCCCGGACUUCACCAGCCUCAGCCCGGCUCUGAUCCAGCAGCAGCUCAGCGGGGCCUGCUCUGUCCGUCACCUGAGCGUGCCCAGCGGCCGCCUGACCGUGGCAGAGAGGUACAUCUAUGGCUCGCUGGCCACGCUGGUGAUCUGCCUGUGCGCGCUGCUUGGCAUCGUCCUGCUCCUGUGCACCGCCUGCGCCAGCGCCUACCAGUACGUCAUCCAGGGCUUCGUCAGCCUGGCCGUGGGCUCGCUCACCGGGGACGCCCUGCUCCACCUCAUCCCCCAGUUCCUGGGCCUGCACUCGCACGCGGACGAGGGGCACGCGCAUGGGGCUGAGGAGGCCGGGCCCAGGGACACCACCUGGAAGCUACUGGCCGUGCUGGGUGGCAUCUAUGUCUUCUUCCUCCUGGAGAAGUUCUUCAGCAUCCUGGGGGGCGACGAGCCCAAGGAGGAGGCUGGCGGGGGCCACCCGCACGACCACGCCAUGACCUUGCAGCUCUACCAGGCAGAGCAGAAGAGGAAGAAGCAGGAGAAAGGAGCCUCACAGGCCGACCUGGUCACCGCGGAGGAAGCCAGUCUCAGCAAGACGGGGCAGGGGAGACGCACCCGGGAGCAGCGCAUGAUCCCCUACAUGAUCACCAUCGGAGACGCCAUCCACAACUUCGCCGACGGGCUGGCCGUGGGGGCCGCCUUCUCCACCUCCUGGAAGACGGGGCUGGCCACGUCGCUGGCCGUGCUGUGCCACGAGCUGCCGCACGAGCUAGGGGACUUUGCGGCUCUGCUGCACGCGGGGCUAAGCGUCAAGAUGGCCUUGGUGCUGAACUUCGGCAGCGCCCUGACCGCCUUCCUCGGCCUCUACAUCGCGCUCUCGGUGACGACGGGCGAGGAGUUCCAGGCCUGGAUCUUCACCGUGGCCACGGGCCUCUUCCUCUACGUGGCCCUUUGCGACAUGCUGCCCACCAUGAUGAACGUGAAGGACAAGCGGCCCUGGCUGCUCUUCGCCCUGCACAACCUGGGCCUGCUGGGCGGCUGGGCCAUCCUGCUGCUGCUGUCCCUGUAUGAGGAGAACCUCACCCUGCCGUGACCCCUGCCCGGCCCCCCAU